AUGAAUCAACAUUGGCCAUCCUAUUACCAUCCCAAUGAUUACUUUUGGAAUCAUGAAUGGUUGAAACAUGGAACAUGUGCCAAUGUUACAAUUUCACAAUUCACCUACUUUUCAAACACUCUUCAAAUUUAUUCUAAAAUGCAUCUUGUGGAUGUUUUGAAAAAGGCUUCUAUUAUUCCCUCACAUGGUAGCUAUAGUAAGCAAAGAAUGGAAGAUGCAUUAAAGAGUGCAGGAUUUCCUGGUGUGAUUGCUUGCACACGAGAUAAAACGAGUAUUGAGGAAAUUAGAUUUUGUGUGAAUCGAGAUUCUUUACAAUUUAUGGAAUGCGAUCAAGCUUUGAUUAAUGACAUUCACACUCAUAAUCCUUGUAAAGAUACCAUUUCAUAUCCACCCAUUCAUUAA